AGAACGAACAGCACGCGAGCUCUCUGGUAUUAAUUUGGUUGAGAAUUUUGUCUGGUUCUCUGCUUUUUACGUGGAUUGGCGUUGAACUAUGAAUAAUUUCAUGCUUGUUAACUGUAGCAACUGCCAUACACUGUUGCAACUCCCUCCCGGCGCCGAAUCUCUAUGCUGCGCUAUUUGCUCAGCCGUCACUCAGGUCACCAAUCAUCGCGCUGCACCUACUCCUCCGCCUUCUUUACAUACCCACCCGCCACCGCCACCAUCUCUUUCUUAUCCACAGGCUCCUGGGAGAAAGAGAGCCCUUAUCAUCGGUAUAUCUUACAAGCACUCCAAACAUGAGCUUAAAGGUUGCAUCAAUGACGCCAAGUGCAUGCGUUAUCUUCUCAUUAACAAGUUUCACUUUCCACAAGAAUCCAUUCUCCUGCUUACAGAAGAAGAAAGCGAUCCUUAUAGAAUUCCAACUAGACACAACAUAAGGAUGGCGAUUUAUUGGCUUGUGCAAGGUUGUCAACCUGGAGACUCCCUAUUGUUUCACUAUUCUGGUCAUGGUUCACAGCAAUUGAAUCACGGAGGAGAUGAAGCAGAUGGAUAUGAUGAAACUUUAUGUCCCGUUGACUUUGAAACUCAUGGUAUGAUUGUUGAUAAUGAGAUCAAUGCUACCCUUGUUAAACCUCUUCCUUAUGGUGUUAAGCUCCAUUCUAUUAUUGAUGCUUGCCACAGUGGCACUGCUCUCGAUUUACCCUUCCUUUGCAGAAUGAACAGUAGUGGACAAUAUGUAUGGGAGGAUCAUCGUCCACGUUCAGGAGUGUGGAAAGGAACAAGUGGUGGAGAAGUAGUCUCCUUCAGUGGUUGUGAUGAUCAUCAAACCUCUGUGGAUACCUCUGCUCUGUCAAAGAUCACCUCUACUGGUGCCAUGACUUUCUGCUUCAUCCAAGCUAUUGAACGUGGGGAUGCGGCUACAUAUGGAACCAUCCUUAAUUCAAUGCGCCAUGCCAUUCGAACUGUAGGUACUAAAACUAACAAUACUUAUGGUGACCCUUCAACUCUCAUGAACAUGCUAGUGGCAGGAGGCAGCGUCAAUGGUGGGCUCACACAGGAACCACAGUUAACUGCCUGUGAGCCAUUUGAUGUGUAUACAAAACCUUUUUCCCUUUGAUUUUGAUUUAUAUUCGAAUUUUGUCGGCACAACAUUGAUUGUGUUGGUGGGAUCCCCAUAUGUUAUGCUUUUGCUUUGUCUCGCCAUGUAUACAACACUAUCUUCAUUUUUGUACAGUACAUGUUUCUCACGCUAUCAGUCAUGA